CUUCUUCGCGGCGUAGUCUUUGAGCAGCUUGUCCCCAUGAUGAUUACUUCUCCGUACCACACGGCGCACUUCACCCUCGAAUGAUUCCUCAACCUCGAUACUGUCAAGUAGCCCACUUAACACUGCCGCAUUGCGCUCUUGUAACGCGAGCAGUGCUAAUGAGGGAAGUUCGAUAUCGUCCACGUCGCCACUGCGGUAGACCGCGAAGAGGUUCUCAAAAGGCUUCGAGUCUGUCAAAGUUAGAUGCUCGGGUGCCUUGCGCUGAGGACGUGAGCAAUCCGAUUGUGUCUAUUUCCUUCGCUUGCUUUGCAACGGUUAAGACUGUAUCCCAAUGGAUCCAUGUCUUCCAGUUCGUUGCGUAUGGUUCCGUCCCCCGUGUGAUAGACUCCAUCCUCUACCAGGUGCAUGAAAAUGGCGUGGAAGUAAUCCGCCUCCGGGAUCUCGCCAGACUUCUGCCGGUAGUAAUCUUGACGAUAACACGGGUUUGGUGCCCUGGCAGGGAAGGCACUGGCCAUCUUGGUGAUGUAUUCUCGCGGUAAGCCGCCGCACAGGAUAUCGUGACCUUUCAUCUAAGGACGCAGCUGUUCGUUGCGCCCUCUGGCUUUGCAUCCCGUGCAGGUGUCGCGACUUUGGGGAGCGUAUGGAAGUCAACGUGCCGUGGGGGCCAAACCACCAUUCGCCGGACCGAUGAAAAAUGGAGUCCCACUACCGCAGAGCGCAUAUAAGGAACUCCUCUUGACGAUCGGGGGCCUUCAUGACUCCCGCGGUCACGUAUUUGUGAGUUGGCGUCAAGCGUCUGCACUGGUAUUCCAGCACCUUAUCUACCCUCAUAUCGCAAGUUCCACAGGGGCUGAUGCAAGA